AUGCCACAACUAGAUACAUCUACAUGAUUUACUACUGUUCUAACUUCUACAAUCACACUAUUCAUCCUAAUUCAGUUAAAAAUUUCUUUACAGAACUUUCCCAAUAAACCAUCAAACAAAUAUCUUAAAACCCUUAAACUAAGUAACCCUUGAGAACUAAAAUGAACGAAAAUCUUUUCGCCUCUUUCAUUACCCCUACAAUAA